UGAUAUCUGAUCAUCUAAUCUCUGAGACAGGAUCGAUGGAACAAGUGAAGCUACUUGGAAAUUAUACAAGCCCAUUCAAUCGGAGAGUCAUCUGGGCUCUCAAACUGAAGGGUGUACCAUUUGAAUACAUAGAAGAAGAUCUCUCCAACAAGAGCGAAUUCCUCCUCAAAUCCAACCCAAUUCACAAGAAGAUCCCAGUUCUUAUUCAUAAUGGAAAACCAAUAGCCGAAUCCAAUAUAAUCCUCGAAUAUAUCGAAGAGACAUGGCCAGAGAAUCCAUUGCUCCCCAAAGAUCCUUAUAACAGAGCCAUAGCUCGUUUCUGGAUUAAAUUCAUGGAGGACAAGAUGCCAAUUAUCUAUGCAUUCUACCUGUCCGGCGAGGGGGAAGAACGGGAGAAGGCAAUUAAGGAUUGCUUGGAACUGCUUAGAAUAAUUGAAGAGCAAGGUCUUAGUAGAGAUGAGAAGUUUUUUGGUGGCAAUAAUAUUGGACUAACGGAUUUGGGUUUUGGAUUCAUGGCUUACCAGUGGGAAUUAAUUGAAGAGAUUGUAGGAGUGAAGUUGAUGGAAGCUCAUAGCUUCCCUAGACUCUGUGCUUGGGCUGAGAACUUCAAAACAGUCUCUGUGAUCAGUGAGAACCUUCCAGAUCGUGAUAGACUCAAAGCUCAUAUGAAAUGGAGACGGGAAACACUUGUUGGGUCAUCUCAUCAUCAUUAGAAUGAAGAAACUGUUUCAUCUUUUCUACUUUAAUGAAGCCUUCCUCAGUUCAUCAGUUUCAGUUUCAUUUUUUGUUGCAGUUGAGGCCUCAGAAAAGCACUAUGCA